AUGGAAGAAAUUUAUGUCAAUACUGAACAUCUCAAAUGGGUGAACCCAAGACAUUCAACAAAUCGCACAGGUCAAAGGAGUUUCUAUUUGGUUAUUAUUUUGUGUCUGAGCCUGCUGAGUGUCUUCCUGUUGGCUGGACUUGUCACUUUUGGUUUCCUCCAUCAUGAUUCAAGGAAACUUCUGUCUGCUAUGAAUAGCCAAUUUUCCUCAAUGAAUGAGGAGAGAGAUCUUGUAAAUGCAAAUGUCUCUGCCAUGAGUGACCAAAUUUCUUCCAUGACUGAGGAGAGAGACCUGCUGCAAGCUGACCUCACUGAAAUGACCAAAGAGUUGGAGAGGCUGCAGAGUUUGUUCAACCAGAAGAAAACGUGUCCUACAGGAUGGGAAAUGUUCAGUGGUGUCUGUUAUUUCCUCUCUGGAACCUCUGCUAACUGGGAUGAAGCUAGACGGGACUGUAGAGACAAAGGAGCAGAUCUGGUGUUGAUAGAGAGCUCUAAAGAACAGUUUUACCCUUUUGAAUAUCAGUAA